CUCAACCAAGCUCCAUAACUUGCUCAUUGCGCUUUCAGUUCCACUUCCACCAAGCGCCUUCAAAAUCAUCACGAGAAUAGUCACAUGAAUCCACCCACAACACUCAAACACCUAAAACCCUUAAAAGACUAACCACCACCACCCUAUCGCUUCAAAAAUAUUGCUUUUUCUCAUUCAAUUCAAUGCCUUCUCCUCCCUUAUCUCUUCCAUCUUCCAUCUCCCUCCUCUCACCACCAUGGAAACAACUAACUCAAAUCCCCAACACCGAAUUCGCCGAGGCAGCAGCCUCCAACUCAUCCAUCUCGACGUCCCUCUCAUCUCCACUCGCCGCCCUUCCAACCACACUUUUAACACCUGCUCACCGGAGCUUUACUCCGGCGACACAAGCCGGAGGGUACCCUUCUUGUGGGAAAGAGUGCCCGGCGUUCCCAAAGAUGGAAGCUCUCGCCUUGAUGAGGAGGCCGACUUCUUCUUCUUCCCUCCUAAGCCGCCGCCGGGACGAAGCCAUAGUCCCACGCCAUGUGCUAAUUAUUACCAUAGUAGUGAAGAUGAUGGGAAUGAUGGAGACGUUGAUAGCUGUAGCGAUGGGGAUAGCGAGGAAGAUCGCUGGGUUUGUGAUGCGGUCGAGAAGGUUUCGUUGCCGUACUCUUCGGCGAUGGAUUGCAGGGACUGUAGAGGGGUUCACCGGUCACCCAGCUUCAUCAUGAACCGCUUCCUCCCAGCCGCCAAUGCCAUCGCCGCCCGUUCAACUCCAACAAUUCCAAAGCACCCAACCCGCAGAACAGUUCGUUCCACUCUCUCUCACCGCUUACAGCGCGAGCUCAUCAAAUCACAACAACAAAAACAGUCCAUCACCGCCAUCAAUUCAUCAUCUUCAAACGCCAUAGCAAUCCAACAAUCUCACCAUCCUCAUCUCCCUUCCAAGGCUUGCGGCCUCCGCGUCUUCUUCCCAUGGACAUUCAAACAAACACCUUGCGGUCACAAGAGCCCCGUUCUGUGCCAGACUCCCAGAACUGCUACUGAAAUUUCCGGUAAGAAAAACAAGAGAUUCUCUUUCGACGCUUUUAGGGCGAAUGAGAGAGUCGAAGAUGAUCUGAGCAGUAAGGCGUUUAAAUCUCCAGGGUGGGGGUUGCCAUUCUUGGACACGAGCAGGCUGAGGUUGAGAAGAAGGGAUGAUGAGAGGGCAAGAGGUAGAGAGUUUAUGGAAGGAAUGAGAGGUGGUGGAAAGCCUUCUUGGAGUCUUCCCAGGCUGCAGAAACCAACAGAACCAUGGCUUUCUCAUGCUUUGAAUAAUUCUGAUAGAAGAUACUGAUUAAAGCUGGGAAGAUGAUGGGCUACGGUUGGCGAAUAUCGCUUCAAUGUAAAAAAUUUGGUCAUUUGGGGUGCUUAAAAAACUUUUCUUGUAUGUUGAAACGUGAUACAUUUGUUGAAGAUUCUCACCCA